CAGGGGUGAGACGAUAAAAUAGUCUAUCGCUUUAAAUCACAAUCUCUGAUAAAGCAGAGAUCAUAAAGUCCUGGUGGAAAUUGGGAAAAUCACAGACCAGUCUUUUUGCUAAAUAUAACUUGCAGAAUUAUAUUUCAGAGUGCCGUUGACGAGUUGUAAUAUUAAUACUGAUCAUUCCGUUUAUCACUGUGUUCAUUUAGGUAGGUAUUUUAAGCAUUCUGAAUUGCGUACCAAAGAAAUGGUGAUGGAGAAGCCAAGUCCCCUGCUUGUAGGGCGGGAGUUUGUGAGGCAGUAUUACACACUCUUAAACAAGGCGCCAGACUUUCUGCACAGGUUCUAUGGAAGACACUCCUCCUAUGUGCAUGGUGGGCUGGAUGCCAGCGGGAAACCGGCAGAGGCUGUAUAUGGGCAAGCUGAGAUCCACAAGAAGGUGAUGUCCCUUCAGUUCAGUGAAUGCCACACAAAGAUCCGGCACGUGGAUGCCCACGCCACCCUGAACGAUGGCGUUGUGGUUCAGGUCAUGGGGGAGCUCUCCAACAGCGGACAGCCAAUGAGGAAGUUCAUGCAGACCUUCGUGCUCGCUCCUGAGGGUUCGGUGGCCAAUAAGUUCUACGUGCACAAUGACAUCUUCCGCUACGAAGACGAGGUGUUUGGCGAUUCCGAGGCCGAGCUGGAAGAAUCUGAAGAGGAGGUGGAAGAGGAACAGGAAGAGCGACAGCUCUCGCCAGAGCCCCUCCAGGACAGCCCCAGAAGCACCGCCUACUACGAGCAGCAUCCUGUGACUAACGGCGUGGAGGAGGCACUGGAGGAGCCUGCUCCUGAGGCAGAACCAGAGCCUGAGCCAGAGGAGGUGAAGAAGGUCGAGGAGGAGCCCAAGCCCAAUAUCGAGGAGAAGGUUCUGGAAGAGCUGGAGGAGAAAGUGCCGUCUCCCGUUCCAGUGGAGUCCCCGCCCCACGCCCAGGAGCAGCCGAAGACCUUCUCUUGGGCUUCAGUGACCAGUAAAAACCUGCCUCCUAGCGGUACCACGACUUCCUCUGGAAUUCCUCCCCAUGUUGUUAAAGCCACAAGUUCACAGCCAAGAGUGGAGCCCAAGCAGGAAGCCCAGCCGCCCGUCCCGCGGGCGAGAGACCAGCGCACGCGCGAGAGGCCUGGGUUCAUCCCGCGGGGACCCCGACCCGAUGGAGUGGCGUCGUCGGAUUCGCAGGCAGGAAAGCCGCACUUCAGCUUCAUAAACAAAGGGAGGGGAGAUUCGGAAGCCAAUGAGAUGGAGGGCCGGCGGGUCGUGAGGUAUCCAGACAGCCACCAGCUCUUCGUCGGCAAUCUGCCACACGACAUCGACGAGAGCGAACUGAAGGACUUCUUCAUGACCUUUGGAAAUGUUGUCGAGCUGCGCAUCAACACCAAGGGCGUCGGAGGGAAGCUGCCCAACUUUGGCUUCGUGGUCUUCGAUGAUUCUGACCCUGUGCAGAGAAUUCUGGGUGCAAAGCCCAUCAUGUUCCGCGGCGAGGUGCGGCUGAACGUGGAGGAGAAGAAGACGCGCGCCGCGCGCGAGCGGGAGACCCGCGGCGGGGACGACCGCCGAGACAUGCGCCGCAACGACCGCGGCCCCGGGGGGCCCCGCGGCAUCAUGGGAAGCGGAAUGAUGCGGGAUCGGGACGGGCGGGGCCCUCCUCCGCGCGGCGGGAUGGCUCCCAAGCCGGGCCUGGGUUCGGGAAGAGGAGCCGGGCAGGGCGGGGAGAGCCGAUUCACCACCCAGCGACGCUGAGUGCGCCACCUGCAGUUCGGAAGUAGUACCACGUUCUUCAUCUUUGCGUUCUCGUUAACGAAAUCUACAUAAAUAUAUAUACUUUUUUGGCUUUGGAAUGUGACACAGCCUGUCAACCAUUUCUUUGAUGUGAAAGACAAAAAAAGAAAAAAAAAAAGAAAAAAAGCGCAAACAUCGUUAGUUUACCAACUCUGAGCCGAGCCUCCUUGUCCGGUUUCUCAAGAGUUUGCAAACGUUCAUUUUUAAUUUGAAAAGAAAAAAAAAAAGCGAAAUAAAAACAGGAGAAAAUCUGCAAUGUGAAACAGGGACUGAUCAGACUUUACCGUAGCACAGCCCCUCAGAAGAGAUUAAAGCGCUGGCCUCGCGCUGCAAGCGGGGAUGCCCUUCGGAUUCCUCCUCUGCACAUUUUGUAUAAAUGCGAUCUGCCCGUUACUGUGGAAACAAGAGGUGCAAAUUUUGUGCAAUUGGAAAGCUUGCCUUUUUAUUUUCUUUAAAAAAAAACUAAAAAAAAAAACACUGCUUAAAACUAAAAAAAAAAAACAAAUUGCAUUUAUGCACUCAUCAAUAUGCACUAAUGGGUACUUGUCAUUUUACGCCGACAUCGUUGGGACGACGCUGGAGGUCCCCUCACAGUCGCCAGUCUCUGGCUUAGACAAAUUACUGGCAGGUCCUGAUCGCCACCUGCCGCGACCAAUACUCUUUCACAUCUCUGACCCUUAACUAUGUUUCAAUUACUGCUGGGGGGAAAACAAACCGCAAGUAUUUUCUUGUGAAUUAAAUUAAUAAAGAGCAAAUCCUGGACUUCAAACGGAACACGGAUGGGAAAAUAAGCUCAGCACUAGGACAGUUUGAUGGCUCUCUCUGUUUUAUUUUUUAUUUUCAUGUUUUUCUACCGUCUAACCAACAUUGCCCGACCGCGAUGCAGGGGUUCGACUCCUCCCAUCUGAGGAAAUAUGGGUAUAACAUAAUAAAUGUACAGCAAAA